AUGGGUCUCUUUGAUCGCCUCCUCCUCGGCGGCGAUCGCAGCAGGGGGAAGGAGGACCAGGAGCGCGGUGGCGGCGCCGAGACGGCCGCCAUGGGGUCAGACGUGCCACCGCCGUCGGCCAUCCCUCCCCUCUCGGCCGCUGCUGCAUCCGUAGUCCGCCGAUGCGCCCGGAUCGCGGGCGUGCCGGUGGAUCAGCUGCUCCGGCGGCUGGACGCGGAGGAGCAGGCCGGCGGGCCGCUGGAGUACGCCAGGAGCGUCGUGGAGUACUGCUCCCACGUCGCCCUUCGCGUGGAGGCCAGGCGCCCGGACCACCUCGGCGACAGGGAGUUCCACACGCUCACAUACGACAUGAUGCUCGCCUGGGAGGCGCCCGACGAGGAGACCUACGCCAUGUUUCAGAAAACGGCAUUCAGCGUUCUCCGCGACGACGCGGAUGACGACGACGGUGCAUCCAUUUUCUAUUCAAGCCCAACGCAGAUGGCCAUUCAGGUCGAUGGCAGGAGGACAGUUGGACCCGAGGCAUUUGCCAAGAUUGCUCCUGCUUGCCCUGCCAUGGCGCACCCCAUCACCGUUCGUAACCUGUUUGACGCGCUCACCAACUCUACAGGAGGACGGCUGCAUUUCCUUAUCUACCACAAGUAUCUCAGAAGCUUAGACGAGGCGUUCUGCUCUGCAAAACGUAUGUUAGGGGGGCACAAAGCUCCUGCCCUGCAGCUCUCUGACGACGAAGUGAUCCUUGACAUCCACGGCGCUGCGACAACCAAGCCAGUUCUUCAGCACAUCGGGACGUCCACAUGGCCUGGGAGGCUCACACUGACGAAUCACGCGCUCUACUUUGAGGCUAUUGGUGUUGAUUUCUCAUACGGCGAGGCUGUUGUGUAUGAUCUGGCAAGGGACUUGAAACAAUCAGUAAAACGUGAGUCCACUGGGCCAUGGGGUGCUCACCUCUUUGACAAAGCUGUCAUGUACAAGUCCAGCUUGACAAGUGAACCUGUCUUCUUUGAAUUCCCACAAUUCAAAGGCCACACUCGCCGAGAUUACUGGUUUGCAGCCAUCAAAGAGGUGCUGCACGCACACAAGUUCAUCAGGAAGUACAAGCUUGCUAGUUUCCAGAAGGCGGAGGCUCUCUCCGUCGCAACAUUAGGGAUUUUGCGGUACCGCACUGUUAAACAGGGAUUCCACAUACUACCAGCACAUUUCAAGACCAUCCUUGCCUUCAACUUGGCCGAGAAACUGCCGAAAGGCGACAAGAUUUUGGAGGCAUUGUAUGGCCAGCUCAAGCAGCAUUGCCCAAGAUUCAGAGGAAGCCAGGAUUUCGGUCAGAGCAGUUCGGAUGAAUUGAUGCUUGCUGACCCCUUCCCACUUUCUGCGUAUACAAUGGUGACAAUGGGUUUGCUAAAACUGAAAGAGGAGGACAAUGCUGAGGAGAGGGAUUUCACUGUGCGAGACGUGCAAAUUGGAGGAACUAGCUCAGUUCAGAUGGCUCUAGAGCGAUCGGUUGGGUAUUCAGGCAGAGUGGAAGCGGCAAGGACUACGCUUGAUCAGGUCAAAGUGGAAGACAUAGACACUAAUGUAGCUGUCCUAAAGGAACUACUAUUUCCUUUGAUUGAAAUAGGUAAAAGGUUGCUCACUUUGGCUGGGUGGGAAGAGCCCUUUAAAUCUUUUGUCUUCUUGUUAUGUUUCCUCUACAUGGCAUACAGUGGUUGGAUCUGGUUCAUGUUUCCUGGCUUUUUGCUUGGUUCUACUCUCUUCAUGCUAUGGAACAAACAUUACGGGAAUGGGCGCUCGGUGGGAGCAUUUGAGAUCAUAACUCCUCCUCGAAGAAGAACCGUGGAACAACUUCUAGCUCUGCAACAGGCCAUCUCACAGCUGGAAGCACACGUGCAAGCAGGGAACAUUUUUCUCCUCAAGCUUCGGUCCCUCAUGCUUGCAGCAUUUCCUCAGAGCACCAACAGAGUUGCAGCUGCACUGGUUGUAGUGGCCACGAUAUUCACAUUCAUGCCAUUGAGAACCAUUGUUCUACUGAUUCUUCUAGAAGCAUACACAAGACAGAUGCCAUUGAGGAAGAAGAGCAGUGAAAAGUUGGUGAGAAGCUGCGGCGUUCGUGCAUUUCGUACAGGCAACGCCGCCACACCGGAGCCACCGGCCGGUCACCGGAGAGAAGUACAGGGCCGUGCAGCAGGUUUGAGAGCAGCACGCGACAAGCAUGGCAGACUACCACAAGAUCCACCCGGUGACCGUGGGCUCGCCGCCGCCGUCCGCGCCGCCGGAGCAUGGCAAGAAACCCAGCCACGACCAGCUGCUACCGGUGACGGCCCCGGCGCCGUACGCACCAGCGCCGCUGCCCCGCCGCGGCGUCGGCAGCGGCACAGCCGGUGCUGCCGGUGCGUGUGCUACACCUUCCUGGCCCUCGUCCUGCUCGUCGUCGCGCUCGGCGCCACCGCGGGGAUCCUGUACCUCGUGUUCCGGCCCAAGAUCCCGACCUUCCACGUGGACCGGCUCACCGUCACCCGGUUCGACGUGAACACCACGACGGCCACGGUCACCGACGCGUUCGACGUCGACGUGACGGCCACCAACCCGAACCGCCGCAUCGGGAUCUACUACGACGGCGGCGACGUCACGGCGUCCUUCAACGGCACCGUGCUGUGCCGCGGCCCCUUCCCGGCGCUGUACCAGGGCCACCGGACCACCGUGCGCCCGCACAUCUCGCUCGCCGGGGAGACGCGGCUCGACAGCGACGUCGCGGCGCAGCUGCUGCAGCAGCAGCAGGCCGGGUUCGUGCCGCUCACCGUGCGCGCCCGCGUGCCGAUACGCAUCAAGUUCGGCGCCAUCAGACUGUGGAAGAUGACGGGCAAGGCCAACUGCAACCUGGUGGUCGACAACAUCCAGGCAGGCACGCAGCUGAGCAUCCGAUCCAAUACCUGCAGUUUUAAGCUUAAGAUCUAG